AUGUAUAAAAUCCUUCUACAACUCUUGGAGCAGAGAUGCAAAAAGGAUACAAGUUGGCAUGACGCGCCCAACUCAAAUAGGCCUAAAGUAGGUUUAGGAUGGAUACGUGCGUAUUUGUUGGUGCUCUUGAUUUGCAGACUACCCGAACUUGCAAGUGUGGCAGGAUCCAACGUUGAACACGAAGGACUUUGUCCUAACAAACUGAAUUCAAAUCUCUGGGUUGAUGCGCAAAGCACCUGCGAGAGAGACUGCAACGUUGAUGAGGACUGUGCUGACUUUGAGAAAUGUUGCACCAACGUGUGUGGCCUCAACAGCUGUGUGGCUGCUCGUUUCUCUGAUGGCACCUCUGCCCAGCCAGAUGGGCAGGGUGGAGGUAAGGGAAGCGCUGCCCCCACAGUUACCUGUGAUGACUUUAUCUGCAGUCAGCAGGGAGCGACCUGUGACAUCUGGGAUGGCCAGCCCAUCUGCAAGUGCCAGGACCGAUGUGAGAAAGAGCCCAACUUCACCUGCGCCUCAGAUGGCCUCACAUAUUUCAACCGCUGCUACAUGGAUGCGGAGGCCUGUAUCCGGGGGGUGUCUUUAACUGUAGUCCCCUGCCGCUUCUACCUCGCCGGACCCCACACCAGCCCCCUGCCUCAGGACACUACAGCUCACCCGACUCCAACAUCCUCCCAGGAUGACCCUAUGCCCCCCUCACUGUACUCCAAUCCUAACCAUCAGUCCAUCUAUGUCGGAGGCACAGUCAGCUUCCACUGUGAUGUCAUAGGACUCCCCAGACCUGAUGUAACAUGGGAGAAACAGAGUGAACGGCGUGAGCGGCUUGUCAUGAGGCCUGACCAGAUGUAUGGCAACGUGGUGAUCACCAAUAUCGGACAGCUUGUUAUUUACAAUGCCCAGGUUUGGGAUACGGGCAUCUACACUUGCGUUGCACGCAAUUCUGCAGGAGUUCUGCGUGCGGACUACCCACUUUCUGUCAUCCGCCGGGCUGAUGACGAUUUCUCUGAAGACCCUGAGAUGCCUAUGGGGCGGCCAUUCUCACCAGCAGACUGCCUGGCCGAACUAGACAUGAGAGUGUGCAGCGGUGAGCGCCAUGUGGAUUGGUACUACGACAGCAAGCUGGGUUCCUGCAUGGCCUUCAGCAACAGUGGAUGUGACGACAGCCGCAACCGAUUUGAGACUUAUGAGGAGUGCAAGGCCUCCUGUCAGAGAGAGGGGAUGGGUAUCUGCUCCCUGCCUGCUGUUCAGGGCCCCUGCAAAGCUUGGGAGGUGCGUUGGGCCUGGAACUCCAUCAUGAAACUGUGCCAAGCGUUUGCCUAUGGGGGCUGCCAUGGGAAUGCUAACAGCUUCCGCACCCAAAAGGAGUGUGAGGCAAACUGUCCGCAAGCCAAAAAGAAACCCUGUAAGACCUGUCGGGUGAAGGGGAAAAUGGUGCCCAGCUUGUGUCGCAGUGACUUUGCCAUUGUGGGGCGACUGACAGAGCUGAUUGAGGAUCUGGACUCUGGCUUAGCCCGCUUCACCUUGGAAGAGGUUCUCAGAGAUGAAAAGAUGGGAUUGACUUUCUUCGAUACAAAGCACCUAGAGGUGACUAUUGCCAAGAUUGACUGGAGCUGCCCCUGCCCCAACAUCACCAUGGAGGAAAACCCUUUGUUGGUGAUGGGUGUAGUGCAGGAUGGCAUAGCCAUCAUCCAAUCAGACAGUUAUGUCAGAGCCAUAACUGAACGCAGACUCAAGAGACUACGUGAGGUUCUGGGCAAAAAGGCCUGUGGGACGUUUUAA